AUGGAUCAACUUGGGCUCACCGAACCAUCAAGAAAAAGACCUGCAACAAGUCGUACCCAAGCCGUAGUAACCAAAGUGCGGCGUCUUGUACGUGUGAGAAUCCACAAAGAAUGGAUAGGAGCUCUGUCAAUGGCAUGUGGGCUCCUUGUCACCCCUCUAGUUGUGGCUGUUUGCCGAAGAAAAAGUACUAGACUUACAGCAGUGUUUGGGGGACUGAUGACAACCUUGGGAUGCCUUUUUACCUCAUUUGCCUCUCAAAUGCAUCAAGUGUUCGUCAGUUAUGGGUUUUUUAUGAGUUGUGGACUCGGAGUCGCCAGAGAAACUUCAAAUAUUAUGAUCGGACAGUACUUCAAGCGCAGGCGCGAAUUAGUGGAGCUGUUUGUCCAGUCUGGCACUGGCGUAGGAAUUGUGAUUGUGUCUGUAUUAUUAAUAAACAUUAUCAGGUUGUUGGAUUGGAGGCUAGGGCUCCACGCUGUAACAGGUGUCAUGUUUUUAGUUUUUGUUCUUGGAAUUUUCUACCGAUCAGCCUCAUUGUACCAUCCCCAACGUAGAGCAAUACUUCAUCUUAAGAAUCAGAAACGAAAAGUUAAAGACAAAAAUUCUUCUCAGGAAAAACCCCCCUUUUUAGACUUUUCGCCUCUUAAGACAAAAACUUUGCAAAUAAUCAUGUUUUCAACGUCACUUUCAUCCUUUGGGUUAUACACACCUUACUUUUAUUUGGUUCAUAUAGCCAAAGAUGAAGGUCUAGAAGAUGUUUCUAUACUCCUUCUCCAGAUUUUUCAAGGUUUUGCUUAUAUAGUAGGGUGUUGCACGUUCAGUUUGCUCAUUCUGAAGAACAGUGCACAGUGUAUGAUAGCUCGUCAGUAUCUAUGUCAAGCUGCCAUGUUUGGAGUUGUAAUAGCCAUUUUGUCAUUUUGCGCUGUGAAUGGUUACCACGGAUAUGUAUUAUUCGUUUGGAUAUAUGGAAUUUUCAGUGGAGGAUAUCAAUACAGCUUGAAAAUGUAUCUAUACGAGAAGGUUAGGCCAAGGAACUUUGACCGUGCUUGGAGCUAUCUUCAGUGGUCACAGUCUAUUCCAAUAUUAAUUGGAAUUCCUGUUACAGGAUACAUCAAUAAAAGUCAAGGACCAAAGACAGGAUUUAUGUUUUCGUGUGGGUGCAUUUUGGCAGGGACUCUUGCUUUAUUUCUUAUGAACUUUCGAAAGAGUAUCAGUAAAAAACCGCAAGUAACGACCAAUAGCAUAGAAGAGCAAGACCGUUAUGAAAUUGAACGAUGUUUGACUCUGCGUAACACUGAUAUCUGCACUUGUGGCAAUAACGUUAGCCGUGAGAGGGCGCCGCCAAUAAGAAGAUGUCAGAGAACAAUAUCUUUUGCGACAUCGGUAGAUGUAGCCGAUGACGAUAAGCGUCCAGAGCUUUUGACUUGCAUCUCCGAAGAAGGACUUGUAGAUUUAGGAGAAAAUAACCUUUUGGAUGAGUGGUGUGCUGCUGAAUGUAUCACGUCCUGCAAUAAGGAGGAGAAAUUUCUAAUGAUUAGUGAAUUCGAGAACAACCUGAAUGAAAAUGUCCCCACUCCAGACAUGCGGUGGCACAACUCUCCGAGAAGGACUUGUGCUCAUCCUGAACUUUAUGACGUCACAAGAUAUAAUCACUGUGAUGAUACGGGCUUCCUGCAUGGACCAAAGAGAAAAAUUUCAGUUAUUGAAGAAGUAACGAGUUCCGUUUAACAACAGAAUCGACACCGAUUUUAGUUGCAGAGCUGCUGUCACUCUGGAGAAGCUUGUAUAUGAAUUUGAUUAUUUAUGUCUAAGUCUACAAACACACUAAAAAAAACCUGCUUUAAAUCAAAAGGUUCCAUGACAUGUAGAAAUCUUUUGUUAGCCUGAAAUUUACUUGAACAACAAUUUACACAACAUAGAGUGAUAUAUUACAUUUCAAGAAAGAGAAAUAACCAUCUUCUGUAUCAAUUAAUUAUUACUCUUGACAACAACAAAACAUUUUCUCUGGUACUACA